AUGAACUCUUUGUACUCGAAUAUCUAUCAUGUUCUCAAUAUAAAGAAGGAAUAUCCGAGAGAAGAUAUACAAGCAGAGAUAGUGCCUUGGAUACUAUGGCGCCUGUGGAAAAACAGGAACGAGCUGCUGUUUAAAGGGAAAGAAUUUGAGGCAGGGAGUCUUAUUCUGAAAGCUCGAGAAGAUCUAGAGGAAUGGCAAGGAAGCUGUCAGGCGAAGAUAACUGCGGCUGAGAAAAUUGAGGCUAAGAGAGCUACCACUUCUGUCCAAACACAUACUUGGAAGCCACCCCCCACUGAUUGGUUGAAAUGCAAUAGUGAUGGAGCUUGGCAUCAGAAUAGAGAGACCAGUGGGCUAGGUUGGAUUUGUAGAGACGCGAGUGGUCAUGUGUUAUGGGCAGGGGCGAGAGCGGUAACAAAGAUGGACUCAUCCAUCCUUACGGAGGCUGAAGCGUUGAGAUGGGGAGCAGAAACUUUGUCAGGGUUUGGGUAUAAGAAUGUCAUCUUCGAAACUGAUUCUCUGUCAUUAGUUAAUAUGAUAAAUGGGAAUGAGGAGGUCUGGCCGGUUCUGCAACCAACUGUCGAGAUGAUUCGCCAUGCUUUGUUACGGAUUCAGAGUUAUGAAGUGCGGUUCUAUCUUAGAGGAGGAAAUAAGGCUGCUGACAGAAUAGCAAAGGAAACUAACAUUUUUGUGUCUAAUGUUCCCAAGUUAUAUUCUGUAGUGCCAUUGUGGUUGAAUUAUCAUGUGAGGUCUGAUAAAAUAGUGUACACAAGCAAUAUUGGCUAA